AUGCUAUCUCUGCGAAAAGGGAUAGAUAAAAUAUACCUUUUAAAUACUAGAAACACAAGGUUGUUAGGUGUGAGUUCGACUCUCUUCGACAAAAGAGAGUAUAUCAAAACAUGGCAAGAAAUACCAGGACCAUCUUCAUUACCUAUUAUAGGGCAACUGCAUCACUUUCUACCUGGUGGUUCCUUGUAUAACGUGAAACAUGCUUUAUACGAUACACUGUACAAAAGGUACGGUCCAAUAGUGAAAAUGAAGAUAUUAGGUGUGCCAUUCCUUAUAAUAAACCUAUUCGAUCCUGGCGCUAUAGAAAAGAUUCUACGUGAGGAAGAUAUUCUUCCUGACCGACCAGCUUUUCAAUCCCUACAAUAUUAUAGAAAGAAUUACCAUAAAAGUGAUAACCCAAAUUCUGAAUCCGAGUCUACUGGCCUUGUUACAGAACAUGGGGAGAAUUGGAAGAGUUUAAGAUCUAAAGUCAAUCCAAUAAUGCUGCAACCCAAGGGUGUAAAAAUUUAUAGCAAACCGUUAUAUAAAGUAGCGGAAGAUAUGGUUGCAAGAAUACAAUUUCUACUUGAUGAAAAACAUAUGGUCCAUAAUGUAAGGCAUGAAAUUACGAUGUGGUCGCUAGAAUCGCUAGCGAUAGUUUCUCUAGGACAACGGUUGAACCUUUUCGAUCCAAACUUACCGGAGGAUUCCCCAGCACGAAAACUCAUAAAGAAUAUACAUGACGUUUUUUAUUUGGCGCAAAACUUGGACUUGAAACCAAGUCUGUGGAGAUACAUCUCUACGCCGCUGUUUAAAAAAGCAAUGAAGACUUAUGCCGAACAAUGGGAACUUAGCAAAUAUUUUGUGCAACAAAGCAUGGAAAAACUAAAAAAGGAAACAAAAAGUCCCGGUGACGAAAAAAGUAUUCUUGAGAAACUGGUGAACAUUGAUGAACGAACUGCCAUUCUUAUGGCUGGUGAUUCUCUAUUUGCUGGUGUAGAUACGGCAUCUAACGUAGUGAUCUCAAUAUUGUACUUCUUAGCUAGAAAUCCAGAUAAACAGAAAAAGCUAAGAGAGGAAAUUUUAUCGGAAGACCCAAAACAAACUUACCUAAAAGCUUGCAUAAAGGAAACAUUAAGAAUUAUACCAGUAGUACCAGCUAAUCUAAGAAAAGUUUCGAAAGAUUAUGAUGUACUUGGAUAUAGAAUACCUAAAGAUAGUAUUGUGGUAUUAAACCACGAAGUUCUCAGUAAGACUGAGCAACACUUCCCUAGACCGAACGAGUUCAUUCCCGAAAGAUGGAUUGUUGAUAAGACUGACCCCCUAUAUUAUGGAAAUGCUCAUCCAUUUGUAUACAGUCCAUUUGGUUUUGGAACAAGAAGUUGUAUUGGGAGAAGAAUAGCCCAGUUACAACUCGAGUCAUUUACAUCAGAAAUGAUAAAAAACUUCGAAGUGUCCUGGGAUGGACCUCCAGCCGAAGUAGAUAUUGCCAUAAGUAUAUACAUUAAAGGGGACUUGCCAUUUGUUUUCAAAAAUGCUUACAAGAAUUAA